AUGCAUAGGUUCAGUGAGUACAAAGUUCUUACUGCACAUGAUCAGGUGGUAAUGGAAAACCAAAUGGAUUUCAUUAAUAUAUAUGCAUCUAUAACACAACAAAUAUCACCAAGGAAAACUACAGAUAAAAGACACAGUAGGAAACAAGAAAACGACCCGGCCCCAACGGAAAAAUGGUCAAGAAAUCUGGACCAUAGAUAAGAUUGAAGCAAGAACACCACCAGUUAGGAAUUUGAGAGGGGAAUGGUCUCACUAACAAGACUCCAAAGGAGAAUAAAAAGAAAAGAAACUAGGCCUAUAUAACCUUCCAGUCAGUGCUAGGGGCAAAAAGGUCAUAAAAUGAGAAGAAAAGCAAGGCGGCUUGGGAUGUACAGGGAAAAAAAACUCUGAAGCCAACACCAAAAAGGCAAUAUCCAUAUAGAGCCAAAACUCACACCAGGUCAAAAUGCUGGUUUUCUCAACAUGGAUGCGAAUUGACAGGUUUUUUCAACAAAGCUAAAUGUGUGGACUAAAAAGGGGUAGUGUUACUUUUGGAAAUUAUCCCAAUUUUUAUUUAUAGUUACAAUAUGUAUGAAGUUUCACAAUUUUUAGAAGGGUUAAAUGCUAAGAAUAACAAUGUAGUUUCAUUGAUUUAUUUAUUAGAACAUUGUAUGUUUUUUAUAAAUAUUUUAAAAUUAAGAAAUUGUCAGAAAUAAAUUAAAAGGGUG